UCAUGGCGACCAGAGCGAAUACUGUAUGAAGGGUAGUCGGUGGGGAGACAGGCGUAUACAUGUCGUAAUAAUUCAUUCCUUCGAUCUGCGAGAAGCCACUAGCCACUAGUCUUGAUUUAGGCCGGUACACGUUACUAUCGCCAUUGCAUUUGGUUGUAAAUACCUAUUUGCGUCCACGGCUCGACUUCCCGAUGGUAGUUUUACCUCAGCCCAUGUUGUGUUGUUCUUGAGGCCAUCGAGUUUAAGCUUGAUUGCCAUCUCACACUUGUCAGCAUUGUCAAUUCCGAAGGCUUCCGUGUAAGUGAGAGGCUCUGCUGAAUCGGAGGCGAUGAUGGAUUGUAAGUAGGAUGACCCUACGCGCUAGACCUCGCAGGAGCCUUGCUGACAUGAGUCGACCAUUCUCAAAUUGGGUACUUGGCGCUCUUGUGAGGGUUGCUCCUCCUUGGGUUGUUAUGUUUGCGUCUGUUGCCGUGACAGCCUCUGUCCCUCAUCGACAGGAUUGGCUGGCGUGUGCUCUGGCGCGGCUGGUCCGGGAGUAUUACUAGUAGUGACUUUGCAGCCGGUGGUUUCUUCCAUUUUUCGUCAGUGAAGCGGGCCUGUCCGGUGUCUCGAUGGCCUCGCGUAUCGAAACCGGGGGACUUGCUUAAGGCUGAUAAUCCAGACAGGAUACAUCAUGGCACAGUCGUACCCGGCGAGGGUGCCCUUGGCUACACGCUCGUCCAAUU